AUGGAGCACCUCUCCCCCGGCGAGACUGGCGUACGGGACGGCACCAUGGCUGUCCACGAGAGAUUGGGCGGGCUUUCGCGGCCUUUUACGAGUGGAUUUCCUCUUCAUUUCGUUGGUUGCGACGGCUGGCAGCACACUUGUCGAGCGAGCGUCUCCGUCAUCUCCGCCGCUGGUGAUGUCAUCGCCGUCGAAGGAGUAGAGGUCCUCGUCGUCGGAGUGAGACGGGCUGACGAGCUCCCACGCGGACAGAUCGACGUCGUCUCGCCGGGCGUCAGGGGAGUGUUGUUGAAGUAUGAAAUGGGGGAGUUGGGAGGUGAUAAAAAUCUUUACCCAAAAUUUUUGGUCCGCAUCUGGCUCGGAGUACCUGCACUGCCCGGGGAUCUUCGCCGGGAACCUUAUCAGGGCGCGGAGCACCAGGCGAUGGACCCUACCGCCGUCCACGGCAUCACGCAAUUCUCCAAUCUUUCUAAGGAGGAGUUAGAGGUCACGUAUCUAGGGGUGAAGGGUGGCACCGGCAUUGGGAGGCUGGAGAACGUGGCGGCGGAGAUGGAGGUGCGAGAUCUGCCGGAAAUUUUCGAGUAA